AAUCCCCAAAACCGAAAUGGAGUCAAUUAAUUUCGAGAUCUUUAUAGUCCUGCUGAUGUCAUCGGUGAUCGGGGAGGGCCGAGCAACGCCCUAUCGCGCUCCCGCUCCCUAUAAUGUGUACAAUCACCAGUUCUGUAUGGAUACCCUGACGGGGCAGCAGCUCUACGUGGGUCAGGCCAUCACGCGGCAGGAUCAUUGCGUCCGGGUGCAGUGCCUGGAAACGCUGCAGCUCUGGGAGGACAGCUGCCAGGUGCCGAAUCUGACGAAGGGCGACUGCAAACGGAUUGCAUCCAAGGACGAAAAUUCGGAAUAUCCCCGCUGCUGCCCACUGUAUGAGUGCAAGACCUACGAGUCCCAUUCCGGUGGCAACCUGGAGCAGACCAGCACAUACAAUCACUACGGAACCCUGAUAUCUGAACAUCUCUCCGAGUUGAUAGUGAUUGACCACCGAGGACGGCGUCUGGACGAGAUUCCCUCGGCGCCGGCGAGAAAGUAUCAGGUGUGAAAAGAGGCCUGGAAAUAUGUGCUCUUAUUAUUAGUUAGUUCCUAGUGCAGCUGUAAUAUUUAACUUUGGGUUUGAAGGAAUACAAUAAAGGUUAUUGAAGAUGUA